UCGACCACUGUUGAUGGUCCCAGUCUCUACAGGGUGGAAUGCCACUAGCCAUGAAAGCCAGCAGGUGGUACAAGCCAAGCCUGAUCACACAAGAGUUGCGACGUUCCACAUGGCCCUUGAUGCUGCUGGAAGUGUUGCGACAAUGGUCGUUGGAGGCCAAUGUCUACCAUUACAACGCAGCGCUGGCAAGUCUGGCUCGGUCCAGCCGGUCCAGCUGGAGAGCUUCUUGGAAAAUUCUUCGCAGAAUGCACGACGCUGACGACGCUGUGGAAGGUCCUGAUAUCAUGAGCUUCAGCUCAAGUGUCGCAGCAGUGCGGAAUUCCAACCCCGAUGGAAAUUCCUGGACCAAAGCAAUGGACAUUCUGUCUGUCAUGAGCUCUCGCGGAAUUCAGACAGAUUUAAUUUGUGUGAAUUCGCUGAUUGCGGCCUGUGAGAAAGUCUGCAGGUGGCAAUCAGCAACUGUGGUAUUUACAGAGUCCGGUCUGUCGUUGGAUUCUGCUGGAUAUGGUGCUCUGAUUUCAAGCUCCAAAGGCUCAAAGGAGGCAAAGGGUAAAGUGGAAGGCGUUUGGAGAGUUGCUCUCAUUUGGCUGGAGCUAUCCGAGCUAUCCGAGCUAUCCCCCAACCAGAUAUGCUACAAUUCGUGUGUGGAUGCAUGCGAAAAGGGUGGGCAAUGGCAGAUGUCAUUUCAUUUGCUCGACAGGAUGGAUCUUGAUGAAGUGAGUUUUACUUGCAGAAUCAGCGCCUGCCACAAAUGGGAAGAAGCUGCAGUGACCCUUCCACUGAUGAGAACGCUACGCACCCUUCCAAACUUGAGAAGCUACAGUGCUGCCAUUUCCUCUCAACAGAACUGGCGUAUUGCAGCAGAGUAUUGCCGUGAAAUGUGCUUGCGCAAUCUCAAGGUAAAUGAAGUGGUGAGCAACGCAUUCCUCAGCAAGCAGAAUUGGCAACGAGCUACAGCUCUUUUGAGCAUCACAUCAUCCGCUGGACUCCAACUAUCUCCACCUGGGAUCAACUCGUGUUUGGUUGGUCCACCAGGAUGCUGGGCGGUCACAUCGCAGCUGCUGGCACAAGUCCAAAAUCUGAUGAUACAGGGAAACGUCGACUCCUUUAGUGCACUCCUGAGUGCUUAUGAGAAAAGCAUCAUGUGGGAAGAUGCCUUGCAUGUGUGGCUUGGAAUUUUGAAUAAGGGUGUCAGGCCAGAUGUGGUCUGUGUCAAUGCAAUGACCAGCGCUUUUGCCCAGGGCCUGUGCUGGAAGUUUGCAGUUGACUUUUUCGGAAGAAUUCGUUGCAUGAUUUCCGCGGAUUUCAUCACCCGCAACGCAAUUUUGACGUCCUGUGGAGGAGUUCAUAGCUGGCAGAUCGCCCUUGGCUUUUUUGAUGGGUCUGAAUGGUCUCAGCGGUCUCAGUAUGAGUUCCCAGACAUGGAAGCGCAUAGUGUGAUGAUUGCCUCCUGCACCUCAUCCUUUCAAUGGAGCUUGGGGCUUCGUCUCCUGGAAAGGAUGGAUUCCCUGGAUGCUUACGUCGAUCACUUCCAGCCGCUUGCAGUAGCAACCACUUCGUCUUUGAAAGGCUGCUUUGGAGCCGCCUCAAAAUCCUCAAACGAUGCCCAUAGCAACGUUGCCGGAAGCGGCACUGGAUCCUUGCAGAGGGUGCCUCACUUAUUUUCCUACUUGGGGGAUUCGGCCACAUUGGCCUGUGCAGCCUUAAAAGCAUGCAGCGAGUAGUCAAAA